AGUAAAGAGAGAGGAAAAAUAAUGUCAAAAUUUGACCCGUACGAUCACCUGAACGUGUCUCUGAAUGAAGACGGGACACUGACUCGGUACAUGAAGCUCCCGACCACCGCCCCCAACAGCGACUCGAGCCAAGCCGUGCUGAGCAAGGACGUGACGCUCAACACCGACAAGAAGACGUGGAUGCGCCUCUACCGCCCCUCCAAUCUCCCCUCCACCACCCGCCUCCCCGUCAUCCUCUACUUCCACCCUGGUGGCUGGAUCCAAAUGAGCGUCGCUGAGAGCCUCAUGCACGAGUUCAGCAACCGCACUGCCGCCGAGGUCCCUUCCGUUCUCGUCGCCGUCAACUUCCGCCUCGCACCCGAGCACCGCCUCCCCGCCCAGUAUGACGACGCCAUGGACGCCGUCACCUGGGUCCAGAACCAGUCCACCCACCCUAACGGCGAUCCCUGGAUCAGAGACAACGCCGAUCUCAAUAGAUGCUAUCUCUAUGGCGCGAGCUGCGGCGCGAACAUCGUGUACAACACGGCGCUGCGGCUGCCGGAGAUGAAGCCGCAGCCGCUGAAGAUCGCAGGGACGAUCCUGAACCAGCCGUUCAUGGGAGGGAAGAAGCGGACGAAGAGCGAGCUGAAGCUGGCGACGGAUCCGUACUUCCCGCUGCCGGUGAUCGACCUGCUGUGGGAGCUGGCGCUGCCGGUGGGGACGGACCGGGACCACCGGUUCUGCAACCCGCUGGUGGACGCGGCGAUGAAGGAGAAGGUGAAGAGUUUGGGGAAGUGUUUGGUGAUCGGGUUCGGGGGCGACCCGUUGGUGGACCGGCAGCAGGAGCUGGUGCAGAUGCUGGUGGAGCGUGGGGUGCAGGUGGAGGCGCGUUUCGACGACGUCGGGUUCCACAACAUUGAUCUCAUUGAUAACCGUAGGGCUAUGGCCAUUCUUACUUUUAUUAAGGAAUUCGUAUGAUUCUUCUUCAUUUUUAUUUUUUGAACUAUGUAUGUGACCGACCAUCAUUCACUUUUUAUACCAAGGAAUCA